AUGCAUCGCCGUCACACCACUCUGAGAGAAAAGGGGCGUCGCCAGGCCGUGCGGGGUCCGGCUUACAUGUUCAAUGAACGAGGCUCGGCCCUCACCGCAGAGGAGGAGCGUUUUCUGGAUGCUGCUGAAUAUGGAAACAUUCCUGUGGUCCGCAAAAUGCUGGAAGAGUCCAAAACCCUUAACUUCAAUUGUGUCGACUACAUGGGCCAGAAUGCUUUGCAGCUCGCAGUGGGCAAUGAGCAUCUAGAAGUGACUGAGCUGCUUCUGAAGAAGAACGGUUUGGCCCGAAUCGGGGAUGGCCUGCUUUUGGCUAUCUCCAAAGGUUACGUUCGAAUUGUUGAAGCUAUUCUUGCCCACCCUGCUUUUGGCGGAGGUAUCCGACUUGCUCUGAGUCCUGUGGAGCAGGAGAUGCGUGAUGACGACUUUUAUGCUUAUGACGAGGAUGGGACGCGUUUUUCACACGACGUCACACCCGUCAUCCUCGCUGCUCACUGCCAGGAGUACGAGAUCGUCCACAUCCUUUUGACGAAGGGGGCCCGCAUAGAAAGGCCUCAUGACUACUUCUGUAAGUGUUUAGAAUGCGAGGAGAAGCAGAAGAUAGACUCGUUCAGUCACUCACGCUCCAGGAUGAAUGCGUAUAAGGGCCUGGCCAGUGCAGCGUACCUGUCGCUCAGCAGUGAAGACCCUGUGCUCACCGCCCUGGAGCUCAGCAACGAACUGGCAAGGCUGGCCAACAUCGAGACAGAGUUUAAGAACGACUACCGUAAGUUGUCGAUGCAGUGUAAGGACUUUGUGGUGGGUGUGUUGGAUCUUUGUCGGAACACAGAGGAGGUGGAAGCCAUACUGAACGGCGACGUGGACGUGUGCCCCCCCAGCGCCUACAACCGACCAUGCCUCAGCCGCGUCAUACUGGCCAUCAAGUACGAAGUCAAGAAGUUUGUGGCCCAUCCCAACUGCCAACAGCAGCUGCUGACUAUCUGGUACGAGAACCUGCCCGAUCUGAGGCAGCAGUCUGUGUGUGUGAAGACCUGGACGGUGCUGGGGGUCGCUGCAGGUCUGCCCUUUCUGGCUGUUGCCUACUGGAUAAUGCCAUGCAGCAAGAUUGGUCAGAUCCUGCGAAGCCCCUUUAUGAAGUUUGUGGCCCACGCCGUCUCCUUCACCAUCUUCCUGGGUCUGCUGGUUUUAAACGCCUCCGACCGCUUUGAGGGUGUCAAGAACCUGCCCAACGAGACCAUCACAGACCACCCACGCCAGGUGUUCAGGGUCAAGACCACCCAGUUCUCCUGGACAGAGAUGUUGAUCAUGAAGUGGGUUUUGGGUAUGAUUUGGUCAGAAUGCAAGGAGAUCUGGACUGACGGGCCCAGAGAGUACAUCAUGCACCUGUGGAACGUCCUGGAUUUUGGCAUGUUGUCCAUCUUUGUGGCCUCCUACACAGCACGCUUCAUGGCGUUCGUGAAGGCGACCAAAGCCCAGCAGUAUGUGGACCUGCACGUUCCAGACGAAGACAUCAGCACCGCCUCUCUACCUGAGGAAGUCGCCUACUUUACUUUCGCCAGGAACAAGUGGCGCCCCUCAGACCCCCAGAUCAUCUCAGAAGGCCUGUACGCCAUCGCUGUGGUUCUGAGUUUCUCACGCAUCGCCUACAUCCUGCCAGCCAACGAGAGCUUCGGCCCUCUGCAGAUCUCACUCGGGCGCACAGUCAAAGAUAUCUUCAAGUUCAUGGUCAUCUUCAUCAUGGUGUUUGUGGCCUUUAUGAUCGGCAUGUUCAACCUUUACUCGUACUACCUGGGAGCCAAGUACAAUCCUGCCUUCACCACGGUGGAGGAGAGUUUUAAGACUCUUUUCUGGUCGAUUUUCGGGCUGUCUGAAGUGAUCUCAGUGGUUCUGAAGUACGAUCACAAGUUCAUAGAGAACAUCGGCUACGUGCUGUACGGAGUCUACAAUGUGACGAUGGUGGUCGUCCUUCUCAACAUGCUCAUUGCUAUGAUCAACAACUCCUACCAGGAGAUAGAGGAGGAUGCUGACGUGGAGUGGAAGUUUGCCCGAGCAAAGUUGUGGAUCUCCUACUUUGACGAGGGCCGAACGCUGCCCGCUCCCUUCAACCUGGUCCCCAGCCCAAAGUCUUUCUACUACAUGGUCCUUCGCAUCAAGUCCUGCCUGAUACACCUCUGCAAGGCCAACAGCCGUCGCCAUAACAACGAGCUGGAGCUGGGCAUGCUCAACUCCCAGGCUAAGGAUGAACCCCUCAGGACUUAUCCCCGCCCCGGAGAAGAGUUCAUCUCCAGAAAAUCUGGAAAACACCCGACCAGAUAUGAGAAUAUCAUGAAGCGCCUGAUUAAGCGCUUUGUGCUGAAGGCUCAAGUGGACAGAGAGAACGACGAAGUGAAUGAAGGCGAGCUGAAGGAGAUCAAACAAGACAUUUCCAGCCUCCGUUAUGAGCUCCUGGAGGAGAAGUCCGACGCCGCCGGAGAGCUGGCUCUGCUCAUCCAACAACUUGGCGACAAGUUUGGCCAGAACACCAUGAGACACUGACAGGUCUCGCGGGAAGGAGAAAGAGAGGCAAGGAGGGGGGGAGAUGUGAAAACAGGGGCAGAGAGCAAGGUCGGCGAAGGUAUUUUAAGAACACGACAGGGAAGAAAGAGGAAGGAAAGCAUAAGAGAUAAAUAAAAAACCGGGCAUGAUGAGAAAUGUUGCUAACUGAAAGCAAUCGGCAAGGGUUUUGUAUAUGCAACGACCAAUUAGGGAGGAAUGUGAAAAAGAAGAUGGAUGCAACUGCGAGUGAGGUGAAAGGGUCAAAGGUGAAGUGAACUCGGUCAGAGGUGGGAUGUGUUGACGGUUCAAUUCUAAUUAAAAACAGCAACUACAGGAAGUGAGAGAGGAGGAGA